ACAACAGAACAAAAACAAAUUAAUGAUAAUUAAGAAAAUGAGGAGCUGCUGUAUCGUCGUCGUUGUUGCUGAAAUCUAUGAACUAUGACGCAUCAAUCACAUCAGACAAACGGCGCUAGUUUGGAGGAUUGCCAUACUAACUUUUUUGCUUUGACUGAUUUAUGCGGAAUAAAAUGGCGCAAAUUUGUUAACAGUGAACGCCCAAAUGCGUCCAGUGAUCCACUGGACGAUCCAAUCUUACGAUCCUAUUCACGAUGUAUGCAAGCUGAUAUAUUAUGCGUUUGGCGACGAGUCCAGUCAACGCGACAGGACAAUUCCGAUCCAAAUGCCUUAUUCGAAGUUGUCAACACAUCGAAAGUACAUCCACCCCUGUCGUUAGCUGCGGCCAAAGAAUUAUGGUUAUUUUGGUAUGGCGAAGAACCGGAUCUAACCGAUCUAGUGGAUGCCGAACUGUUAAGAGUUGCUGGAAAUCAAAUGCUAUGGAAUGGUACAUGGGAACGAGGUCUCACCUAUGAAUGCCGUUCAUUACUUUUUAAGGCUCUACACAAUCUUAUGGAAAGAUUUGUGUUAACCAAGGAUAUUGUACGAUUCGGAAAGUGGUUUGUUCAGCCUUGUACUUCAAAUGAACGAAUAUUUUGUAGAAGCUCUCAACAUUUAUCAUUCUCAUUUACAUUCUUUGUACAUGGCGAUACAGUGUGUGCAUCAAUCGAUUUGCGCGAACAUCCAGCCGUUCGGCCAUUAACCAAAGAACAUUUAGCUGAGGCUGCGGCCGCUUUUAAUGCAGCCGCAUCGAAUGCAAAUUCUCCAGAACAAACAUCUCCAAAUUCUCCAAAUGAUGCAACUAAAGAAAAUGCCACGGGUAAUUCACCCGGUGCCGCCGCCACAGCUAAUGGUAGUAAUAAUUCCACAGCGACUAAUUCAAAUGGUGGUAGUGGUGGCGGAAUACCAAAACCAAGAAAAGUUAUAUUGGCACCAUUUGGCAUGGCAGCCACCCUAACGGGUAAUAGCUACAAACACAAUGAUCCAAUGGCGGAAAAAAUUCUCGAAGACUGGGCUUCCUUUUUCCCAUUGUGCAAUAAAGAGAAUAGUGAAGUCCCACCUGUUGUGGAAGUUAUAGCUGGUGGUCAUAAAAUGUAUCAUCCAUCCAUUUAUGUACUAGUCACUGAUUUGGAUGAUAUGGAAGAAAUGGAAGCCGCAGCAUCACAAAAAUCAGCUUUAGGUUCAACAUCAUCAGCGGAGGCUGCCGCAAUUGCAGCUCUUUCAUCGGCCAAUAAUCAAGGUGUUAAUGGUGGCGCUAGAAUUUCCACUACCAAUGACACAAGAAAACCUUUAACGGAAAAUAUUUCCAACAACAAUAAUAAGCUAACUGCUGCAUCGUCGAUGGCAACAUCAACAUCAGCAUCGCCAACGUCAAAUGCCGCCACUAAAUCAUCAUUGGCCCAUAUGAUUGAGCGUCUGAAAAUCGACCAUACUAAAGUUCAACCAUACUACGAUACCCAGACACAAAAUUUCACCUGCAAUACAACAAAUACUCAUGCUCCGCCCCCUGCUGCAUGUGAAAUGCCAGAACGAGUUUGGCAAGAUUGUGUCACAAAUUCGCUGCACUUACAGAACAGCGCAAUCUGUACUUCCUCGCACACUUCCGCCAAUAACUCGACAUCAUCAUCAUCUUCUGCUACAAAUAAUCCCAAUACAACAAAUAACAAUACCAACAGCAGCAGCAGCGCGUCACCAUCCGUUAAUUCAAUUAUGGGAGGUGGCAAUGACAACACCACCGUUCCAAUGAAUACAGAUGGAGGUGGUGAUCAAAUCGACAGUACUUCAAAUAUGAUGGACAUAAAACCAAAUUUAAACACAACAACUCUAUCUCAAAAACAACAACAGCAACAAAUUUGGGGUUUUGUUGAUCCUACACAAAAAUCAACAUGUACAUGCACAAAACCUUCUCAGACAUCAACAUCAUUAUCGGGACAAACUCCAGGUAGUGCUACACCCUUGCAAGGCGGUAUUUCAAGUUAUUCGCGUAAUUCAAUUAUGGAUUGUAUGCAAAUACCAUCGGUGGGCUCUCCCGGAACACCAGCUCCAUCACCACACCCGAACUCAGCACUUUCUCAACCCACCUCCGUACCGCCCGCAGAUCAACUACUGAUGAGUCCCCGCGCUACCACAUCUGUACCAAAUUUGCAGCAGCCAACAACACCAAUAGAUCAUUUGUUGGACAAAAAUACUCCUGCGCCCACACCUACCGAUCAACAUGAUAACAAAAGUAUAACUGCAUCGCCGUAUAUUCAUCCCACACCUAGUGUUGAGGCUCCACCUUCGGUUGAAGGUAUUCAUGGCAGUAAUGUAGGAGGUGGUAGUGGCAUGGGUCCAGGCAGUGUUGGUCCCCAACCACCAAGCGUGGGUCGCUGCACGCCUACCAUACAACAACCACAGGGUCAACAACAACAACAACAAUGUGGUUCAAUUUCGGUUAAAAAAUUUGAUGUUCAACCAGGCACUCCCUUGUUAAUGGGUUCCAGCGGUAAUAAUAAUAACUCAUCAUCUAACACUGCUGCCGCUGCUGAUAGUAAACCAGAGCCUGUUAAUACAAUGCCAAACAGCAGAACGGCAUUACCCAAUAAUAACUUUAACAGAAAGAAUACACCAUCGGCCGCAAAUGCAAUGCAUGACUUCUUUAAUUUGUACAAACCACCCAAAAUCAAUGUAAAGGACAUUGAUGCUUUUGCCAAUGAAGAUUGUCUAAAAUUGGAAGUUCUAUAUGAUUUCACAGUACAAGAUGCAUGGGCCAAUCAUCCGGUGAAACGUUUUAAACCAAACGAAAUAUCCAAACAAAAUCGGGUUCCACGCACAAAAGCCCUGUACGAAGGACAUACGCACAUCAAACCUCUGUUGCCAUCACCGCGUUCUUUAUAUGGCGAACAAUUGUUAUCGAUAGAUCCAACAGGAGCUAAUGCAGCAACACCAGCUGCAUCAGGAAAUGAUGGUAAUGGUGGUGGAAUUAUGGGAACAGGUCUCGUUGGAAUUGCAUCCAAUCAAAUGACCAACAAUAAGAUCAACAAUAAUGAUAUGUCGUCUGCUGGUGGAAUGAGUGGCGGCACCACAACAAUGGCCAGCGGAGGUAGUAUUUUCGAAGAGCUUGACAUCAAAACCGAAGUACCACCAGCUGUGGGUGCUUCAUCUAUAUCGCCCAGCAAAGAUUCAAAAAGUGGCAUCGGCGGCAAUCUCUUCACUGUCGAGGGUCUAAAUCCCUCACCAAACGAUCUGGAACAAUUAUUUGAAACAUCGUCAAAUGAUGAAUGUGGCAGUGUUCAGAUCCACACACCACCGGAUUCCAAUAACCCAUCCAACGGAUGUGCUGUUACCACUAAUACCAUUGAUGAACUUAAACGCUCCACCAAUUCCGGUUUGGUUGGCACUGUCAAUGUUCCGGGGAAUAGCGCCGCUGUAAUGGCUGCAUUGCAGAAUUGCAAUAGUGUGGUAAAUGCUUCAACUUCUGGCAUGGCUUCUUUGAAUAAUAGUGGUGGUAGUUUGUCAAGUGGUGGCAUUGGUGGUGGACCCGGUACCAUACAGGCCGAAGAUCUAACGAAAAUGUUUCCAACACCACCGUCACACGAACAACACCAUCCCAAUUCCAGUCCAUGUCAAAUGGACAUGCAGACCGAUCUGAACGUCAUAACGUCCACAAAUAUAAUGGGUGGCCAGACAUUAGAUACUGGCUUGGGUAUAAGCGCCAUGACAAAAAUAAAACAAGAGUAUUCCAUUGAAUUGGGUAGUCCCAUAGAAGAACCGAUUGAAGAUUGGACGUAUGUUUUUAGGCCGCCGGCUCAAGCCAAAUUUGUGGGAUCUUCUAAGUAUGCUCCAUUAACUAAUUUGCCCAGUCAGUCAAUGGCACCUCUGGUUAUACCAAGCAAUUGCCGAUAUAAACCAUCUUGGCAACAACCGCGAAGUACCCAUCCACAACAACAACAGCAGCAGCAACAACAACAACACAUUCAACAGCAACAGCAACAACAACAGCUUCAACAGCAACAUCAGCAGCAGCAACAACAACAUCAACAUUUGCACGAGUUACUUUCUGCGGCACCUCGCACACCUCUACAGCAGCAGCCACGAACACCAUUGGGACCUAUGUCUUCAUCGCCCAUGCACAAUACCACUGUGCCAACACCGUUGAGCAGCGGCGGUGGUGGCGGCAGUCUACUUCUAAAUCAGUUGAAUUGUCCACAGGCAGCUCUUACCAAUACUCCACCCACAAUGCAGCAGAUUAUGCAGCGCACCGGUAUGUCGCCAAUUUCCCCUGCCACGCAUGUACCCUUCCCACACACAAGUCCCAUGAUGCAGCAGCACCGGCAAACACCCAUACAUCCGCCACCGCCCUAUGAAGUUGCAGUAGCCAGUCCCGCCUUAUCCACAGCCUCCUCGACGCCAGCAUAUCUCAACAAACAAUAUCAUUCGCAAGAGCCGCCGCAAACACCCCAGUCGGUGAACAACCAUAUGCAGACCGUGGGAGGUCCGCCCAGUGUUCAGGGCAACAAUCGAGGAGAAUCGUCCAAUAUGGGUUUGUAUGCGUCAGCCAAUAACAUCAAUUCCAUUAUUCAAGAGCUGCCAGAAGUGAGUUCGGUCAUUGUCAAUAUCCUGCUGUAUGACACGGCGUUGAAUGUAUUCCGUGACCACAACUUCGACAGCAGUACGGUGUGUGUAUGCAAUGCCGAUAAUCAACGCAUUGGAAACAUUCGAGGUUCGGAUUCGGGAGUAUAUGUACCGCUGCCGGGCACAUCGUUCAAUCCGACUGCACCCUCGUUGUCAACAGCCAACGCAUUGCGUGCUUUAAGUGCCUUUGGUGGUGGUGGCAGUUCAAUGGGGGCAGCUCUUAGCGGUACUGCUGGUGGUGGCAGCAUUCUCGGAAGUGUCAGCGCUGCCGGCAUAGCGAAUUCAUUGGAUUCUCCCGCAUCUUUAGCUGGAGCUGGCUCCAGUUCAUCGACAACACCGUCAACCGCCACACCCGCCAACAACGCUCAGCAAUAUAUUACCGGUUAUGUCGACGAUGAUGCCGUAGAGUGUACUUGUGGUUUUAGUGCCGUAAUCAACCGCCGCCUAGCCUGCAAGGCCGGCCUCUUCUACGAGGAUGAAAUGGAAAUUACCGGUAUAGCCGAAGAUCCUGGUCGACAUAAGAAACAUUCCCUGCUUAGUUUAUUAAUCAGUUUAGCCUCCAAAGCCAAUAACAACAAUAACACCAGCAGCAGCAAUGGCGUCGUCGACAAAUCCGCAGAACAGGUGGCGUAUUCAAUAUUUGAUCUGCUACUCGAACAAUGCUCCAUCAUUCAGACUUCCAGUAGUGCGGUACAUCGUGCAUUACAGCGUCAUCGGCGUAGGUUGUCGAAAAGGUCAACAAAACCCCAGUCGGUGGCCGCAAUCGUCAAUGUGUUGGAGUACAUCGAUGCCAAUGAUAUUAUCGCUUUGGCUUUAGAGCAGGCUCGCUUAGCAUUUGAUAGCAAUCGAAUGGACAUCAUGGAACAGCAAAUGAUUCCCUUCUCAUCACAUCGAAAAACAUCUAAUAACACACAAGUGGCUUUGGCUCUGACAGGGCGCAUCAAUGUACAUAAAUGGCCUUAUAUACCCGUUGGUUUUUCGCGAAGCAAUAAAGACAUUGUUUCCACAAUGAAAUCCAUUCAACCCAUGUUACAAAAUGCAUUCCAUGUGAAGUCUCGCACCGCCGGUUCCAGAGAUGCCACGUACACGGUCAGUGGCCCCCUGACUUGGCGGCAAUUCCAUCGUCUCGCUGGCCGAGCUUCGGGACAAUGUGAACCCCAGCCAAUACCUUCGGUCAUUGUGGGUCAUGACAAAGAUUGGAUAUCUGUGGCGCCUCUGGCCAUCCAUUACUGGGAUAAGUUUCUACUGGAGCCGUAUUCCUAUGCCAGAGAUGUGGUGUACUUGGUGAUAGCGCCGGACAACGAUUACGUAUUAAGCAAAACGAAAAGUUAUUUUAAGGAAUUAAGUACAACUUACGAGAUGUGUAAACUUGGACGCCAUACUCCAAUCUGCGGCUGGAAUGGGUUGUUGGCAGUGCAGCAACGACCGGCAAAUGAUAAGGCAUUCGCAACAAACAUGGACAAUUGGCUGAAGACCUUAGAUGAUGCUCGAUUGGCGGAGCAGUUACGCUUGUACGCCCAUGCCUUUCAACAUCAGCUGGCACCUUAUCUAAAUAGAGUACCGGGUGACAAAACAUUACUUAAUCCACCGGAAACGAGUGCAAGGUGUAGUCAAGGCUAUAGCACUGCAACCUCCACAAAUUCAUCAUCCUCCUCGUUUAUGAUGGGAGGAGGGGUUAAUAAUUCUAAUACUGGCAUGGAUAAUUCUGGUCAUGGAGCAAGUGCCGGCGACCACUCACAACCCAUGGACACUAAUGAACAUUCUCAACAUGCAACGGCGACACACAACAAUGGUGAUUCACAGGGUAAUUCGUCAGCAGAUUCCAAAUCUACUGAUCACAAGCCAGACGUAAAACCAUUAAUACUCGGAGACCCGCUGGGCGUAGCCGAAUGUCUGGAGGAAGUGAAUCCUUCGGCCAUUGUUCUCUAUGUGGUGGAACCCUUUACAUUCGGUUCCGAUUCGCCGGACCUGGAGCGAUUGGCUUGUAUUGCUUUGCUUCGCAUGUAUGCCGAACUACUCAAAACUAUACCUGACUCUGUAAGAGCUCACCUCAACAUACAAAUAAUCUCCCUGGAAUCCAUACUAGAGUUGGGAAGAUCACGAAAUCGUAAACGCACAUCUGAUGAAAUCAAGUGCUUGGCCCUUAAUAUCUUCUCACAAUGCAAGCGGCACAUGGUACAUGCCCAAUCUGUUAAAAGUUUGACAGGCUUCGGGACCGCAGCCAAUGUAGAAGCUUUUCUCAAGACCAAAGACGAGAAGAAUCGUCGACCGUAUAAAAUGUACACACCACCGUAUAUCCUUGCACCGAUGCACGAGAAAAACGAAAAGACCGACUUCUCGAAAGCGGCAUGGGGUGGAAUGCGUGGCAGUCCCAACGAUCAGAAAUACUCUGUAAUGUAUUGCAAUUAUUGCCUCAGUGAAGAUCAGUCAUGGCUGCUGGCCACAGUUACCGAUGAUCGCGGCGAAAUGUUGGAAAAAGUGUGUAUCAAUAUCGAUGUUCCCAAUAGGACACGACGACGUCGGGCACCUGCACGCCGCAUUGGCCUCAAUAAGCUUAUGGACUAUAUACUCGGUCUCAUAUCGCAGACAACACAGACGUGGCGUUUAGUUGUGGGCCGAAUCGGACGCAUUGGCCACAAUGAACUCAAAUCAUGGUCAUAUUUGUUGGGCAAACAGAAUCUGCAGAAAGCCACCAAACAAUUGCGAGAUAUGUGUAAACAGUGUCAAUUGAUGUAUCCACCUACCAUACUGAGUGCCUGUUUGGUAACACUGGAACCAGAUGCCAAAUUACGUGUUAUGCCAGACCAAUUUACACCCGACGAACGAUUUUCUAUACAAAAUCCAUUGUCGACACCACAGGAUGUAACAUGUACCCAUAUUUUGGUAUUUCCCACAAGUGCCGUCUGCUUGUCCUUUACCCGCCAAUUUCCUAACGAACCUCAAGUCGAUCUUGACGAUGACUUCAUCAAUUUCGGCAACGAUGAAGAUGAAAAUGAUGUUUUUAAGGAUGCCGAACUCAUGGAUGAUUUAUUGGGACAAUGGGAUGGCGGCGGCACAGCUCGUGGUAUGUCCAACCAUAACAGUCCGGACCGCUUGGAAGACAAUCGUAGUUGGCAAAGUGUGGGCGGUAACAAUUUUAACACCAAUCAACAUCAGGACAUUGAAGAGGUUGGACAAAUUAAUCAACAACCCUUGGCUGUGGGCUAUAUGGUUUCCACAGCACCAACUGGACGAAUGCCAGCCUGGUUUUGGGCAGCCUGUCCACAUCUUGAAGAUGUAUGUCCGGUAUUUUUGAAAACCGCACUACAUUUACACGUACCGAAUAUCCAGACCACCGAUGAUAUAUUAAAUUCCACAAAUGCCCAUUCAUCGGCUACCGACCAUCCCCUGGAUUCGACACUAACGGCUGAUGUUCUACGCUAUGUCCUGGAAGGUUACAAUGCAUUGUCGUGGUUGGCCCUAGACUCGAAUACCCAUGAUCGUCUAUCAUGUUUGCCCAUUAACGUACAAACACUGAUGGAUCUCUAUUAUUUAACAGCUGCUAUUACUUAA